CUUCUGUCACUGGGUCAACACGGGAGGCUACCCGCCCACCUUGGCCAGUUCUUUCUUGGGGCCGUUUGGGGCUUUCCCGAGGAAUCGGAACGUGUUUUGCGCUACUUUCGACGGGAUCGGGGCCCGCACAACACGCAGCAGUGGCCUCAGAGGCCCUGUUACUUUGUUAUUAUAUGCCCAGCAGACAAUGGAACUCUUGUAUUCGCCAACCUCGUCAAAUUCAACAGAUGCACCUCCUCGAAAAGCAGAUAUUAUGUCACGGUAUAUGUCACAAGGUUUCAAAACAGCCCGUUUACUGAAGACAGCUGCUGUCAAAACAGUGUCACUGCCUCCGGAAUCCAUGUCAAGUUCUCACAAUCCAAGUCAUGGUACUGAUGUGCUUUCCAAAUACGCAAAAUCAGGUGAACCAUCUCUUUUUGAAAUAUUUGGGGCAUCUCCAGAGAGUGGAAACAUGGAUGUUACAACAGCUCAAGUGGACGAAAUCGAGGUGACGGGAGAGGGUGAACAAAGCAAGGAACCACCUUCUUGGAUCGAUGCGGGACACCCGGAGGGCAAAGGGGCCUCCCACCCAUCAAGAAGUGAUGGAGCCAAGUGGUUUGGAGUCCCUGAUAUGGGGUUUGCUGAUAUUUUAUCUGAAUCAGCGGCACUUCCUCUACCAGCCUUUCCCAUGAGUGGAGGUCCAAUUAUUGAGGGAGCCUCCCACGAUGAAAGUAGUAUUACAACAAAGCCUCCCUCAAAAGGGCUCGCACCUCAAAAGAAAAAGCUUAUUCAACAACAUCUGAUUCUGCUACUUCAUGCUUACAAAUGUGAACGUGCUGUUGUCACCAAACUUCCAUGUCCAGUUCCUUUCUGCAGCGUCAUGAAAAAAGUGCAGGCGCAUAUGAGAAUGUGCACCGAUGGGUACACUUGCGUUGCCCCUUUCUGUUCCUCGUCAAGGCGAAUAAUGUGCCACUGGAAACACUGCAAGACACCAGACUGUGUUGUCUGCAGCCGGUUAAAAUGUAUUGCAAUGCAUAAGCGACAGAGAGAACUGGAAAAGAUGAAAGCUAUGGGUCAGAUACAGAAGCAGACUGUAAAGCAAGUGCCUGAGGUUAUAGUCAUUGAUGGUCCUGAAUCCCCACAAGAAGUAAAGCCUGGCAAUCCAACACAAAAUGUUGUGUAAGUCCUUGUGUUCUUUCUUGUUAGUGGUGAUUUUAGUUUUAUUUUAAUCAUCAUGAGCCCAUAAGCACUGUUAGGCAUUUUGCACAUAUGUACAGGGUGGCCAAUAAUUCAUUCUGAUUUAACUCGCUGAGAUAUUUGAGAUAUGGCCGACCGUAUCGUCAAACAGUUGGCAAUUUUGACCUAAAAAUUCUGAUCAGCGUCCAUUCAUGGUGAAUUAUUGUACAUCCUGUGUUUCAUAAUGCAUUUUCAAGAAGAUAACUGUACUGUAAUUAUUAGUAAACCUGUGUUAAUACAUUUGAAGUCCAGAUCUGCCUUUCGAUCAUGUUAGAGUUAUAUAUUGCAUUUGGCUAUCUUAUGUACGUACAACUCCUAUGAGAACCAUCCAAGGUUGAUCAGCAUAUGUUAACAGCAUAUUAGGGACUGUUUGUAUUGAAGUGCAUCUUAUAAAUUAACUGUAUUUCCAAAUGGAGCUUUCUUCACAGUGUGUAUAUUGUCUGGAAAAGUUAUGAAUUUAAAUUAAGUUGAAACAUUGUCAGACACGUACUUCGUAGUAUCGAAUUCUAGUUGAAUCCGCAGUGGAACUUUCAAUCAUGUCAUGUCCUGUUGUAACAAGGAUAAUUUCUUAUCUGAUGCUUCCUUAGUUCACAGGUUAACAUGAUUUUUAACUAUUUUUUUCUUUAGACCUACAAAUUUUAGAUAUUAACACCAAAAAAUAAGAACCAUAUCCAUAUGUAUCAUUGUUAACUACUUGUCCUGGACCUCUUCUUCUCUAUUGUAUGUAGUAAGUGGGCUAAUGUCCUCUACUUAUUGGAUAAAAAGAUAAUUUAUUUUCAGUUUAGGAGGUCCCUUGUAUCCAAUGAAUCCAGCACUUUUUAGCUAAAACAAAAAAGUGUGCUUUACUGUAUAUGUAAUUUCCCUGCAUUAGUACCAAAUUUACAUUUUAUUCAGGCCUUCCUUUGAUGAGAGUAGCACAUGUGAGAGCAGCUAGGUCACAUGGCAUGUAAAAACAUUGAUUUGUGCACAAAUCUUUUCUUUGAACUCGUCUUUCAGUCAGUCUUCAGAAGAAAUGUGACUCUACUGCUGGAAAAUGUGUGCUACACUCAUUUUAGCUGACCUUGUGAUUUUUUUUUUGUUUGAGCUUUUAAUAUUUUGUUAUAAUUUAAUUUAUAUAUUUGGAGUGCAAUCUCAUUGUCAUUUAAGUAGAGCAAUUGCCCUGUAUAGCCUAUGAAUUAUGUUGCUAUUAAGAUGUACCGAUGUUGGUACUUUUUGUUGUUUUGUUUUGGGAUUGGGAUGUCAGAAAAAAGGCUGAAGACAGCUUAAUGCUGACCUAAGAGUAAGUGAUUAAUCAGUAUACCUUCAUACUUGCUUAAAUACAAUGAGUAUCUGCUAAAUCGCAGUUAGAGUAAUGUUGUAAUAAUAGAAAUAGACUUACAUCUUUAACAGACUUGAGGCAGUUUUUUUUAUGGAAUAUCUUGAAAGUUCUUUGUCUUUGAGUUUCCUGUUUUGUUAGGUUGAGCCAGUACAGAGCUGGUUUUAUUUGCUUUGUAUAUGGCUACUCUUAAACUAUGUGAGUGAUGAGUGACCCUCUCGGAAAUUCAUUGUGAAGACUGUAAACACUUAUCAUGAUUAAUUUCGUUUCAUGCUGAGUGUAAAAAUACUUGCAACUGUCUGAUUUCCCCCCCCCCCCUCCCCCCAUGUUUGGUGGUAUGUUCUGCCCCAAAGCAAGAGUGUGAAUAUGUGAUUUAACAAAGGACUGAUGAGCAUAAUAUUUCUUCAUGGGUUCACAGCCUCCUUGGGGGCUGUUUUCUGUACUGUAUAAAAGAGUCAAAUUGGAAAAGGAACUUUUCGUUUCAUCAUUCGUCCACCUCUAGUAUGAUUUUAUCCUCCCAUGUUGUAGCUGUUUGUAAUAAGCUGCUUGUAUUACUGUGUUUAUGUGUGACAUCAUAUGAUUCAGAUAGUAACAAUUUUAUUUGUCAUUUCUAGCAACCAGCAUCUAGUAGUAACUUGUGUUGAUAUGUUUUUAAAGUUUUAGAUGUGGUUCGACUAGACUUGUGGCUGUGUAGUGUCUUUAAGUAUUUAUAUAUUUUGAGCUAAGCUUCUUUAUAGAACUAUUUUAAUUUCUGCUCUUGCCAUCAUGCAUUCGCUGUCAAACAGUAAUGGCAUCCAAUCUAAUGGUCUCUUUUAUUUUGAGUUACAGUAAAGGAAGUAACUUCUGUUCAAUCAUUCAUACUCAUGAAAUUGAAACAUAUCUAAUCACUUAUAAAGCAGUAAAAACUGCAUGUUCUGUGUCAAGACAGCUUUAGUAGCUGUCGUUUCGACACAUUUAUACUGAACCAGAAUUUUGUUCGGAUCAGUUUGUUAUUGGGUAGUCUUAUUGCUUGAAAUCUUUCCUUGCGAAAAUUUCAUAGAUUUUUAUCUUUUUUUGUUUGUGUUGAUUGUAUUGUACUGUAAUUGUUAAUUAUUUAUUUCUCCAUAAUGUAUAUGUUGGAUAUUUUAAUGUGUUCAUCAUUACUUGUUCAUCAAGUACCACCUUAAGCAAUUUCCAUUUUAAAUUUCAUUGGCUAGCAACUCUAGUUAUCAUGCAGAGUUCUACUACUACUUUCCAGUCUCAGAAAAAUUGUGAUUAUUAGGCCAUCUUAAUUAUCACUAUGCGUGAGUUACUCUUUAGCACAAUUUGUAUUUUUGCCUCUGUUUCUGCAAUGACAGUGUCUAUCAUCUAUAAGUUUGAAUGCGUACCUGUCCUCAGGUUAAGUUAUUAAUUAGUAACUUUUCAUACCGAAUAGAGGCCACUGAAUGUUUUAAAUAGUUAAUUUUAGUCGAAUAUAUUGUGAGAUAUUCCUGUAGUGUUAGUUUGUUAAGCAAGCUAAAUUUUUUGGUACAGAGAAUCUCUUCAUUUAUCAUGUCUCAUCCUCCCUUUGUCUCUAAUUCCUCGUAGAGAAAACUGAAGUGCUUGAUGUCCAACGGCGAUCUAAUCUACUUAGGUUUCCUGGGAAGUCAAACUAGAUUAUGUUGUAAAACAAUUGCGAUUGAUGCAUCUGAGUGCUUCUAUUCUUGCUCUGAUGCUUUGCCUCGUGUGCCCCCUUGUGUAUGUUAUAUUGAUACAAUCUGGGAUCGGAAACUUAUUAAAAUGAUUGAUCUAAAACUUGUUACCAUUAAACCAAAGUAUAUUGUCUAUUAGUACUAAUGUAAGAUGAGCUAGUUAGUUGAUCUUCCUAAUGUGAUAUAUAAGAUGUGUUAUAUGUUAAGCAUCAGAUUUAUCGACUUUAAUCUGAUGCGUUUAAAAAAUGCAGUAAAUUCAAGUAUGUGCCAUAAUUGUGGGUGGUGGGACUGGUGGGACCAUGAUUCAGCUGAGCAAAGCUUCUCCUGCCGUCAAUCAAGCGCCAAAUUCUGAUUUAAUCCAGCAGAUGUGUGAUAGGAAAAAAAUGACCUCGUUGUACAUGGCAAUUAAAUGGUAGUUUCUCUACUAUGAACCUUAUCAAACUCAUCUUAAAAACACUUUUAAGGUAAAAUCUUGCAACAUCCAACUGAUUGAAUUUUUAUCAUGUACUAUGGCUACUGAUUUAUUUUCUUGAACCUUCAAUGGGAUGUCUGCAAGUUUUACAUUAGCAUUUUGGCCAAGAAGCAAUAUUUAUUGAACAUUUGUGUAUUUUUAAACCCUUUUGAUUUUAUUAGUGCAUAUCAGAAACCACUCACUGUGAAAUUUUUAACGUACUGGUAGACACUGUCUAGUCUAGUAGUCUUUCUAAUUUUCUUGUUUGAAGUAUACCUCCUUUCUAUUCCAGCUGUACUGAAAUUAUUUGGGCAGUAAAUUGGAUUGCAGUCUAAAAUAUUUUUUCAGUGAUAGCUCUUAGAAUCUUACCAGAACAUAUCAGGUGACUCAUUCUCGAAGAGAAUGCUACAGAAAUUAAGCUUCUUGCCAUAUAACAAUUAAUUCUGGAAAAAAUUGCUGGAGUGCUAUGGUUUAAAGCUUUCUUCAGCUCGUCAUUGAUCAUGGCUUUGGCUUAGUUCCAAGUUAAUUUUGGUUAGCUGGUGAUGCCUUUCUUGAUUUGCUUGCACACAAAGGAGCUCUAGGAUAAUGCAAAGAUGUGAAAGGAUUGUAUUAUUAAUACGUAAUUCAGGUCAGGUGUUGUAAAGUAUGUGUGAGGAUUAAGUAGGAAUGUAUACUUGAGUAGUUGGUAAUGUCACUGAGACUCUCUGUCAUGUUAUUUAUUUUGUGUUCUACUGCCUUUGUUGGGACUGUUUCAUUAAAAGAUCAGUUUUACUUGGCAUGUACAACCUUCAAUGCAUAUUGUAUCUUGUCAUCUUCUCCUUGUCCCUGUAUAUAUAAAGUGUGUGUAUGAGAGUUUGUGUAUCUUCAUGUGUGCUCAAACUGCCCGCAUGCAAUAUGCUGCACAGUUGGUCUAUUUUAUUUUUAUCAAAGUUAUGUUCGUAUUCAGAAUAUUGAAUUUGGUCAAUGAGUAAAACCAUCAAGGCUGCAUGCUUAUUCAAGUAAAAAGAUAGGUUUUGGAGUGCAGAACUGUUAAAAAGCGUGUUUGAACUGCUUAUGUGUGGAAAUUACAGUAAUGCAAAUAAACUCGUACAUGCUUAUCUAA